CACAUCGGCGGCACCGAGGCCCCGCCGCGCCCCGGCCCCGGCCGGCACCAACGCACCCUGAUUCUCGGCCCGAGCGACGACCUUGACCCACAAAGUUGCACUUCUUCUUGGCGGCCAAAUCUGCGCUGCGCCCAUGUCCGGUGGUCAAUUGUGAAUCAAGGGCGCCCUUGUCCAAAUCCUCGAAAAUUAGGCGGGAAAAGGGCCGUUUUCCCGGAGGGCGUCAGUUGGGUUGCCUACCUACCGGGCUGUUCUCACCAGUCAUCCUCAGAGAGAGGCCACCCCGAAACGCUUCUUGAUGAGGCAGCACUUUCACCCCUACGACGGAGCCACCCGCACUUCUCUUAACUGUUUCGCAGAGUUCUGUUUGGGAAUUCCCUGCAGGCCAGGCGCGUGAACUCCGGCGACCGCGCGGCGGAGAGCUCCGUGACGGGACGGUCCCUUGCCGCGUCGAGUCGUCAACAACGCCGGGGGGGCCGUGGCCGUCGGUCGCUGCUCUGGCGGGGCUGCACCGAUACGAGAUACGUCAAUGGACGGCGCGGCACUUAAAAGCCGUGGCGAUCCUCCUCCCCGCCGUGCUGCUUGGUGCUUCGCAGCGACAUGAGCACCAUGACGGCCACCUUGCUGGUCCUCCUGGCCGUGGCGCAGGGCCUGCAGCUCGCGCACUCCAUCGACCCCUUGCUGGCCAACCGCCGGUGCAUCAGUCCGCCCUGCGACUACACCACGCUGGACGUGGACGGGCUCCUGCACGACGGCUUGUCCCCGGGGUCGGAAUCCGUGUUCGGGGCGCGCAGCCUGCGUAGCUUGCGCCAGGAGCGCGAGGUCCACGCCCGCGCCCGCAGCCUCGCCAGCCUCCUCGAGGGGCUCGCCCCGCUGGCGGCCGCCACCUCCGACCUCCUGGCCGGCGUCGCCACCCUCGGCUUCGCAGCCAACAACCCGUACUACAACCCAUGGUAUGGCGGAUACGGUGGAGGCUACGGCGGUGGUUACGGUGGAUACGCCCCAGGCUACGGAUAUGGGUACAGCACACCCUUCAGGCCAUUCCCUUAUUUCCGUUGAGCUAGGUUCGGUACAAGUCAUGAAGCGCAGGCUUGUAUUGGAUUGAUAGUACUAAUUGCUCACUAUGUGAAAAAUGCUUGAGGUGAUUCAGGGUAGGGGCAGUAAAUAGUAACAGACUUUAGCUUCAGAAUUGGUUUUAUUUAAAUUGAUGAGAACAUUACAGCAAAAUCAAACUUGACAAUAUCCGUUGCUCACUUUCCUUGUCAAAGUAAUCAGGACUAGGUCUUUACACUUCAGUAACUAAAUUGCUGAUAAACACCAUUUCACCCUUUAAUAGCUAAAAUUAUUGAAGCAACCUUCAGUAAAAGGAAAUCUUUGUCAGA